AUGGAAAAUACAGGACUCGGCGAGUCCGAUAGCCCGUCGGACGUCGAUGAGCAGACCAAAGCAUGGGAGUCCGAUCCUCGGACCGUGAGAGCACAUCUCGCCCAAACCGACGGUCUCAACGACCAACCCUCACAAAUCGAAUGCGGCAUUGGCCAUCGAGUACAAGCUAGUCGGUCUGUUCUAGCCCUGGUGGUUGACGAAGACUGUGUUUUCGCCGGGCUUCAAGGGGGAGACAUUGUAGCGUGGUCUCUGGAGAACUACGAUCUUGUUCUCUCCGUCCGUGCUCAUCAAGAAAGCGUCUUGGACUUGUACCUCUCGGAAGGAGGUGACCUCCUCUUUUCCAGUGGAGGCGACUCUGUUGUCAAUGUCUGGUCUACUCGGACCUUUGAGCGGUUGUACUCGAUUCAUUCUCAUCAUGACGUUGGUGAUCUCUUUGCCGUGGCCUACUCGCCGAGCCUGAACACCGUUUACUGUGGUGCCCAAAACACCAGCAUCCAAUGGUGUAAUCUUUCCCAAUCUGGUACGGCAUCUACCCAACAAUCCGCUGUUCAUCUAUCCAAGCGAACACAUCGCUUCUUCGACUCGAAGGGUCCUGACGGUACUCGCGCUCCUCGAGCGGAUGGCCAGUCGGUGGCCGAUGGUGGCCAAGUACUUAGCUUCAAGCGUGACCAUCACAAUUUGUUUGCCCACCAUGGUUAUGUUUACACGAUGACGCUUGUCCGAGGACUGCUUGAGUCGUCCCCAAACGACGAGGUCCUCUUGACGGGGGCGGGUGACGGAGUGGUCAAACUCUGGCGCUUAGAGCAAGGAAAGGCUGAUUCCGCUCCCGCACUGAUGGCAAGGCUACAUAACACCGAUCCCGUGCUCUCCGUGGCAGUCGAAGGAUCGUUUCUCUACUGCGGUUUGUCAGGCGGUGCGCUGAAUAUCUGGAACCUGGAUUCCCAUCAGCUCGUGAAGCGUAUCGCCGCCCAUACUGGUGAUCUAUGGGCGGUGGAUAUUAUUCACGGUAUGGCCGUGUGCGGAGACUCUAAUGGAAUUGUAAAGAAAUUCAACUCGCGGUUCGAGGAAGUCGGCAGCUGGGCCGCUCAUGAAGGCACUAUGCUCGCCUCUGCUGCCGGUAAAUUCAAGGACCGACAUAUAUACGCCACCGGAGGAAAUGACAAUACAGUUGGAAUCUGGGAUUUGACCGACGUAUCUUUGUCUGCGACAGAGAAGCCUCCGAUCAACAACGAUGAGAUGGUGAGCUGCCUUGCCAAGCUGGUAGCGUUCAAAACGAUAUCAUCCAGCCCAAAGUUUGCCGGUGAAUGCAACCAAGGAGCAGCAUUCCUCCGCCGACAUUGCAUAUACCUUGGGGCUAAGACGAAGCUCUUACCCACAGGAGAAGACACUAAUCCUAUUGUUUUCGCUCGUUUCAGCGCGACGUCGCCUGAAAAGUCCGACAAAACCAUCUUGUUCUACGGACAUUAUGACGUGGUCGGCGCGGACGCCAACCGACAGAAGUGGAAAACUGAUCCGUAUCAGCUAACUUCCAUGGAUGGCUUCUUGUACGGCCGUGGCGUUUCUGACAACAAAGGUCCUAUCCUCGCCGCUUUAUACGCAGCGGCAGAUCUGGCACGUCAAAAAGCUCUACAAUGCAACGUCGUAUUCCUCCUUGAAGGAGAGGAGGAAUCCGGAUCUCAAGGCUUCCAUGAGACAGUUCGCAAACACAAACAGCAAAUUGGGCCAGUUGAUUGGAUUCUGUUAGCAAACAGCUACUGGCUGGAUGACUACAAUCCGUGUCUCACAUACGGGCAGCGCGGAGUCGUCCACGCAAACCUGAUCGUCACUAGUGACCACCCUGACUUACACAGUGGUAUCGACGGCAGUUCGCUGUUAGACGAGCCAUUGAAGGACUUGACUAUGCUACUUGGUACUUUGGUUGGGCCCAGGGGCAAAGUCAACCUCCCUGGUUUCCAAGACCCCGUAUUGCCAUUGACCGAUGUAGAAAGAGAGCGUUAUGGCGCGAUCGCCCAGAUCCUCCUCAAGCAGCACCCGCAGAUUAAGGAUUCUGGUGCCCUAAUCGACUCGCUUAUGCAUAGAUGGCGCGAGCCUUCUCUCACCAUUCAUUCCGUCGAGGUUCCGGGAAGCAGCAAGAGUGCAACCACAACCAUUUCCCGCAAAGCGAAGGCUAGCCUUUCGAUUCGUAUCGUGCCUAACCAAUCGGCCGACGAAAUUGCAGCUGCGUUGACUUUAUACGCACAAGAGCGUUUCGACCAACUGGAAUCCCAGAAUGAGCUUACCGUUGAAAUCACGGGGACAUCAGACCCGUGGCUGGGCGACCCAGACAACCAAAUCUUUGAGACCCUAGCCGAGGCCAUCACAGCAGCCUGGACGCCCGACCAACAGCGCCUAAAGCAUCAGUAUUCGCUUUCCCGGCGUGCCUUCGGAGACCGCUCAGCUAGCCCCAGCGGCGCAAAGGAAGCUGCUACCAGGGCCCUCCGCCGCCAGGACUCAGAGGACAGCCUAGCCUCCCACAUCGACCGCAUCAUCAUGUCCACAACCACAUCCAAAACAACCACGCGCCAUCGGAGCUCGCUAAGCACAACCGUGCCCACCUCGUCAACCCUCACAGGCCAGUCGAACAAGCAAGCCGCAGACUCCACGACCUCGUCGCCUCCCCCAGACCCCGCUGUUAUCUCAUCUGCCCCCUCGCCAAUGGGUACAGAUGGUACAGCAGAGGUCUCUCGCGAAAGAGUCGGCGUCCGACCCAUCUACAUCCGCGAGGGCGGCUCAAUCCCCACAAUCCGCUUCCUGGAGAAAGAGUUCUCCGCCCCAGCGGCUAAUCUGCCGUGCGGGCAGGCGAGUGAUAACGCGCAUUUGUACAAUGAGCGGCUGCGCGUCGAGAAUCUGUAUAAAAGUCGGGAGAUCUUCAGUUAUGUGUUUUCGCGGUUGCCGGAAAAGGCGUGA